GGCGCCCGCCCCGCCAGUGCGCGGCGGCGGCGCGGAGCGGAUCGGAGUCGGAGAGCAGCGCGUAGGGCCUGGGCCCCGCCACGCCGCGGCCGCUUGUGCCCGCCCGCUUCCCGCCUCCGUCCCGCGGCCCCCGGCACCAUGUCGGUGGAACUGGAAGAAGGCGAUCUGCCCCUGACCGAGGCGGAGGAGGCACCGAUCUCCGCCGAGAAGAAAGCGGCCUCUAAGAAGGCGAAAGCCGGCGGUUCUUCGUUAUCGCCAUCGAAGAAAAGAAAGAACAACAAGAAGAAGAACCAGCCGGGCAAGUACAGCCAGCUGGUGGUGGAGACCAUCCGCAAGCUGGGCGAGCGCAACGGCUCCUCGCUGGCCAAGAUCUACAACGAGGCCAAGAAGGUGGCGUGGUUCGAUCAGCAGAAUGGGCGCACCUACCUGAAGUACUCCAUUAAGGCGCUGGUGCAGAACGACACGCUGCUGCAGGUCAAGGGCACCGGAGCCAACGGCUCCUUCAAGCUUAACAAAAAGAAGCUGGAGGGCGGUGGGGACGGGGCAGCGGGCGGCGGCGCGCAUAGAGCCUCCAGGAAGGCGACGGCCGCCGCGUCCCGGCGGGCGGAGAAACCCGCGGGCAAGAGCCAGAAGGCCGAGAAGAAAUCGCACAAGAAGGGAACGGGCGGCGCGGCGGCCAGGAAGGACAAAGCCAAGAAGGCCGCUAAGAAGGGAGCCGCGUCCCCCGGGGGCAAGAAGGUGAAGAAGUCCGCGAAGCCCAAGGCGCUCAAGGGCCGGAAGGCAUGAGGGGGGGCGCGGCGCGGGGGGCGCUCCCCGCCCGGACUGGGGGGCGCGGGGCAGGCUGCUCUGCGGACGGACUCCGGGGGGCCGCUCCGUGCGCCCCAUCCCCCUCCGUCUCGCCUCGUUUUUCCUCCCCGCUCCUCCCGCCCGCCUCUUUCCGAUCGCUCCCUUUUGUUUUCGGCCGCGCCCCUCCCCGCUCGCAGGCGCUUUCGGAUCACCCCCGGCCCCUCUCCCCGCCGCCUCGCGGGGCUUUUUCCCGCCCGGUUUCUAUAGCAGCCGCUCGGCGCCCCCGCUGCCCCCGCGCCACGUGGGCCGGCGCUCACCGCCCCCCUCCUCGCCCCGCCCGCCUGGCGCGCCGCUCCUGCUCGCGGCCAUUCGAAAAGCCACGGCGCCCCCUAUUGGCUCCCGGCCCCCGGCGCCAUGGCAACCGCCCGUUAGGCGCCAAUUGGCUCCCGCGGCGUCUGGCGCGCUUAAAGGGCCCGCGCGUCCGAGCGGCCCCCGGCGGUGGGGGUUCCCGGCCUGGCGGUCAGGUCGCGUCUUAAUGGCCUUUAAUUUUGGUUCGUUUUUUUUUUUCUUUUUUUCUAAACGUUUUUGGGGUUGGGUUUCGUUUUUUUUUUGAGGGUGGGAGACUUUUUUUUUUUUUU